GAUGAGCUUUGCAGUAAAAUUCCAAUAUUAUCUGAGUAUUGCAGAAAACUAGACGACCACGUAAAACGAAGAUAUCUAGAAAAAAUUGCCGAGGUUGGAGUGGAUCCGGUCACUAUUCCCGAUGAACAGUUCAACUCUGAGUGCCUUCCUCCGAUCGAAGCGACGGAUUUGCUAAGCUACCUGGUUCUGGAAACGAGUUUUUACACCAAACAGCAGUUUAAGACAUACAAGAGUUUGGAGGCCUACAACUUCAUGGUCUCAGGAUUCAUUACGAGUAUUCAAGGUUGCAUUGUCUCCGGAAAGCACGUUGUCGCAGGAAAAGUGAGACAUUCACAGCGAAUGAAUGACCCUCUGAUCUCUGUUUGGGUGAUAGCCGAGAAAGAUGGAACAGUCAAAUCAGCUCAUUGCUUAGGAUGCAAAGCAGGGCUUGCAGAAUCAUGCUCACACGUAGCAAGCGUGUUAUUUUACAUUGAGGCAUGGACGAGAAUUCGCGGUAAAUUGUCCUGCACCGAAGUGAAAUGUACGUGGUUAUUACCCUCAUUUGUAAAAGAAGUUCCUUAUGCUAAAAUGCGGUUCAUAAAUUUAACCUCUGCCAGAAAACUGAAAGCAGAUUUGGAUGAGAAAAUUGAAAAAUUAGGCGAAAACAGAGAAGCAACAUCCUCUACAGGCAGUGGAAGAAAAGUGACCGUUCAAGUUCCCACGCAGACUGAAAUGGACAACUUCUAUGCAAAUCUAAACAAAUCGAGAAUUAAACCGGUGGCUUUGAGCCUCAUCGAGCCUUACUCUAGCCAGUUUGUGUCACAAAGUAGAAGUAUCCCAACAAUCCCAGACCUUUUUGACGACGAGAAUUUAAAGCUGUCAUAUACUGACUUACUAAAGAAAUGCUUUAGUGUAGAAAUUUGUUUGUCAAGUGAAGAAAUUUUGCAAAUUGAGAGAGACACACAAAACCAGGCAAAGGGGUCAGCAUUUUUUCGACAUAGAGCGGGUCGUAUUGGUGCAUCAGUGAGUGGAGCAGUCUGCCGGACAAACCCAGCUCAGCCAUCGCAAACACUGAUUAAGUCAAUCUGUUAUCCAAAUUUGUUUAAAGUUAACACAAAGGCAGUGAUUUAUGGGUGCAAACACGAAGCUGAUGCGAUUAAAGCCUAUGAAGCAGAAAUGAUUAAGAGUCAUGUUGACUUUAAACUCUCUCAGUGUGGGUUAGUUAUCAACCGAGAGUAUCCUUGGAUUCAUGCUACUCCAGACUUUCUGGUAUCUUGCUCAUGCUGUGGACUGGGAUGUGGUGAAGUGAAAUGUCCUUUAUGUAUUGACAGGUGUGACUUUGAUAGUUAUGUGUUGAAAAAGAAUUCCUGUCUGGAAAAGGUAGCGGGCAAAUUCCAGCUGAAGCGAAGCCACAACUACUUUUUUCAAGUCCAACAACAGCUUUUUACAUUACCAGAAAGAAAGUACAAUGACUUUGUUGUUUGCGCCUUUGACAGUUCCCAUCGUGCUACAAUUGUGAAAGAAAGAAUUUACCCUGACCAUGGUCACAUGAAUGCUGUUUUGCCAAAACUUACCACUUUCUGGAGAACAUGUAUUUUGCCUGAAAUUUUAGGCAGAUGGUACUCAAGAAAGUGCGAUAUGUCUGAUGAGAUGCCACAAGCAGGUGCUGGAAUAUGCUUUUGCAGAAUGCCAUCAGAUGGAAACACUGUAAAAUGUGGGAACCCUCAAUGCCCAUUUGUUGAAUUUCAUCUAUCUUGUUUGGCAAUUUCAACCCCACUUCCCAAGGGGUGGUAUUGCCCACACUGCUGCAGGCUCCCAGAGUUUAAGCGUUUGAGCAAAAUGAAGAAAAAUUUUUCAGAAAUAAUGGGCCGCGCUUUAUCUCUUGACAUUGUUUGUAUUUGCCAAGCAGUGCCACAACAAUCUGACAAAUUACUUGAGUGCCACAGCAAAGAUUGUCAAAGUGGAAAAUUUUUUCACUUGACAUGCCUCGGUUACAAGAAAAUGCCGAACAACAGCAAGACCACCUGGAAAUGCACCAACUGCAAGAAAAGCAAUGCAAAGCCAUUUCAUGACAGUUCUGCAGUUCCAGUAUCAACUGGUCAGGAAAACCCAGUUACAACUACCACUUGUUCUUCUCAAUCCCAUGAUAGUGAACCUGAGUUCAUUGAACUUGACAUGUACAGUGCACGAGAUUCUGACAGUGAAGGGGAAAGUGCUGAUGACAUUGAAAUUACCAUGGUUACAACUUGUGAAUCUGAAAGACAUCAUUCACUUAGAAAUCUUGAUGAACAAGAUUAUCCGCUGAUUAUGUCCCCACAUGGUUGGCUUGACGGUGCAAUUAUCCAUAGUGCACAGGUACUUUUGCAGAAAAUAAACCCUCUGAUUGAAGGUUUUCAACGUCCUACGUUAGGUCCAGUGAGAAAUUUUAGCGUAGUUUCUGGUGAAUUUGUGCAGUUAUUGCAUACAGGACAAGAUCACUGGGUGUGUGUCAGCUCAAUAGGAUGUCCCCCCGGAACAGUCAAACUUUUUGAUAGUCUUUAUCAUGACAUAAUCUCACAAGAAGUCGAAGAUCAGGUCAAAGACCUAUUAGCAGACAGCUUUCAGAAACUAGAGUAUGCCCCUUGCCAACAGCAAACAAAUGGCAGUGAUUGCGGGGUAUUCGCCAUUGCUUUUGCAACAAGUCUUGUUUUAGGAUCUACACCACAAGACAUGACUUAUGACAUUGCCAAAAUGCGCCUACACUUAGUGACCUGUCUUAGAGCUGGUGCGAUGACACAAUUUCCAUCUUUUUAA